GCGCGUAGCUUAGCCACGGCUCUUUAAAUGUGUGUGUAUGCACAUGUGUAUGAUAGUACUGUGUCGCCUGCCUGCGUUGGCUUGCGCGCUCAUAUGGCCCCAUAUGGUGGUAUUAUUUCGCUCACAUGUAUCGGCUGCUGUAUGAGGAGAAGUGGGAGGAGAAGAAUGAAUAUGAAUGAUCAGCUGAUGGGUUUUGUUGGGGUUAAAGCUUAUGCAGACGGAAUGAGAAAUGUACUUACUGCGAUCCCGAUCCUGGCGAUUGUUAUACCGGCACGAUACUGCGUAGACCAUCCGAGUGUUGUGCGGCUGGCGUGUUAGGAUUGCAAUAUAAUGCAUUGAGAUGGAUUGCAUGAUAGCUUGAUAUUUUUUUAUGUGUACUUUUUUUGCCCUUUGGAGCAAGCAAGUACAAUUGUGCACACUUUCUCCGUAGAAUUAGUCAAUUCUUUGGCACGCAUGGAAAUGUUACGGAAGGAGCAUUGGGCACAAAACGCGCACUGGUAUGGCACACAAGGCACACUUGAUAUUUUUUUAAUGUGUGUUUUUUUGCCCUUUGGAACAAGCAAGUACAAUUGUGCACCCUUUUUCCUUAGAAUUUGUCCAUUCUUUGGCACGCAUGGAAAUGUUACGGAAGGAGCUUUCGGCACAAAACGCGCACUGGUGGGCACACAACGCACACGCAUUUUUCGUGGAAUUAUUCAUUGAUCUGCACCGAGCACAAGGGAAGAAGGGAUGGGGUGGCGAGAAAGGUUUGUUGUGCGCGUCGAUGGAAAACAGGGCACACUUGUUUUUCCUCGAAUUAGUCCAUUCAUUGAUGCAUACGCUUUGCAAUAAAGCGAUCCCUGCGUUUGGUGCUGCAUUGUGGAGCAAAAUUUUCGCCGAAUUUUUCAUUCAGCUGUCCACACGUGUUUAGGGUUUGGGGAUAAAAGACAUUAGUUCCCUGAUCUUAGUGUCCGUUCAUUAACGAUUUGACUCUCGAGCAGUGCAGUCCUACGUGCAGUCGACAGUGGGGAAAAUUUUUCAAGUGUGUCAUUUUUUUGCCAACAACAAGCAGAUCCCAAAAUGUCUAAGGACCUAGACCCGGACUUCUGCAAUUUAUCAGCAACACCACCAUCAUCCCUCGAAGAUUCUCCCACUUCAACUGCUGUACCUCCCGAGAAACGCAAAAAAAUUGUUUUCAUUCAACCAGGACAACCCUGUACAUCCGUGCCUAUAUCGAUCCCAGCUACUUCCACCCGCAUACCACAAAUCACACGCACAAUAGAACCACGAGCAUCAUCGUCAAAUGAACCAACCGUGCCUACCAAGCAAUCGAAACUUAUAUUAGCUAGAACUAUACCCACCACAUCCGUGCCGCAGCGAAAAUUAUCCACGCAACCUCGUAUCACAACAAAAGUUCCGGAAAAAUCAUCCCUUCCUCUACCGAUGAAUGUUGCGCAGCAUACACAUAAAAAAGUAAUAUUGGUAGGGAGAAAAGUGCCCACCAAAUCAUCGCUAGGAAUCCAGCAAACCACUACAGCCAUACCCUCCGUGCAGCAACCAUCUUCACGUAAUCCUAAUCAGCCAACAAGAAAAGUGCCAGAGCGAUUCGUGUACCAACCACUGAAACAGCAACCAACAUCGGCCCUGAAAAAAGUACCCCCAACAACAUCCUUACCUGUGCAGCCAACCACUCUCACAUCUACCGUAGUGCAACCACGAGCAAUGCCACAGCCGACCAAGCCACUUCCAACAGAACCACUUCCGCCAGAACCACUUCCGACAGAGCCACUUCCGGCAGAGCCACAACCACCCACGAUUAACAGCAAGCUCGAUGCAAUAAUGCGACAGCUAGAUGGACUGCAAAUGUCGGUGGAAAAUUUAGAUAAACGCUCCAGGCGGAUUGAAAAAUCAGUGGGGCUGGUUCAGGUAACGACCGACCAGGUGAAAAAUUGUGUUUGCAAUAGAGUACUCCAAGCCCAUCAGGAAGAAGAAUUUGAGUUUGAACUACUGAAUAAUGUGGAAGAAUUAAAAGAAUUUAAUGAAAAGCUGUCUGAUCCCCAGUACGAGGUUAAAAUAUUUACAUGGGCGAACGGGCGCAUUGCCAGCGAAGCUCCCGAGACGAGGAUGCAGGAAGCAUUGAACUUUUGUUCACGAAGGAGCUUCUCGCGCAAUGCAGCUGGACUGGUGGUGGCAGACCAGUAA